AUGCGUACCACCAGUCUGUUUAUGCUCCUGGCGGCGGGCCUUCGGGUCGUUACCGCUGCCAACUGCACCAACGGCGGCUCAAGAAACACCAUCGCCCCCCCGACUUGUACCUGCCCCCUGGCCAACAUGUUCAACGAUAUCUCCAUCGACGACUGCCGCUGCAUCUUCGCCAAUGAGGGCUAUGACCCAAACCUGCCCGGUUGCGCGGUUUGCCUGAACGGCUACAGUCCCUCCCCCACCACCGCCCGUUGCGCCUGCGAGCCCCCCUUUGGUCUUGACAACAACGGCCAGUGUGGCACCUGUCCAGCGAACGAGACUCCCAACGCGAAUACUGGACUGUGCGAGUGUGCCGCCCCCCUCGGGCUGGAUACCAACGGCAGUUGUGUCACUUGCCCAACGAAUGAGACUCCCAACUCGUCCACGAGGGUGUGCGAAUGCGCCGCCCCCUUCGGGCUGGAUACCAAUGGCAACUGUGGCACUUGCCCAACGAACGAGACUCCCAACUCGUCCACGAGGGUCUGCGAAUGCGCCGCCCCCCUCGGGCUGGAUCCCAAUGGCAACUGUGGCACUUGCCCAACGAACGAGACUCCCAACUCGUCUACCAGGGUGUGCGAGUGUGCCGCCCCCCUCGGGAAGGAUACGAAUGGCAUGUGCAUUGUCUGCCCCGGCGCGCAGACGGUCGACAACAACGGCAACUGCGCGUGCCAGGCUCCCAACGGUUUCAAUGCCGCCAACACGUGCGUGAACUGCGCUGCGAGUGGCUUCACUCUCAACGCUCAGAACGGACGCUGCGAAUGCAACUCUCCCAACGGCAUCGACACCACGACCGACACCUGUGUGAUCUGCUCGGCCAACCAGCAGGCCCUCGACCCGAUCAGUGGCGAGUGUGUCACCACGUGCCCGGCUGGCUACGAGGCUGUCAGCGGCAUCUGCGUCGUCAGCAGCUCGACCACCACCAGCGAGCCUCCGACUACCACUGCAGAGGAUACCAGCACCACUCCGACCCCGACUCAGCCCUCUUCCACUCAGCCCUCUUCCUCUGAGCCCGCAACUUCCUCGUCUGAGCCCCUCACUUCCACGUCCGAGCCUGCUUCCUCCUCCGAGCCCGCGACCUCGUCUUCCGCCUCGUCGACUCCCGCCUCGUCCAGCUCGGUUACUUCCUCUCCCGUCCCCACCUCCACUGCUGGCCCCCUGCCCGACCAGCUCGGAGACUUCAGCUUUGUUGGAUGCGCCGGCUCUGACCGCAACUUCCCGUCCUUCUUCCUGCAGACCUCCAACAGCCAGAUGACCCUGGACCUGUGCACGGCCGCUUGCAGCGCCCACCUGUACGCCGGCGUCAGCGUCAACAGCUAUGCUAAUCCUCUUCCUUUCAGCGACUGCUACUGCGCGGACAGCUUCGAGGGCGCGGCCACCGUCGCCUCGGGCAGCUGCAACAUCCCCUGCCCCGGCAACCCGCUGCAGAACUGCGGCGGCGUCCGCCAGGUCUUCGUCAAGCGCCAGGCCGUGCCCGCCACCGCCCUGCUCGUCGUCUACAUCAACGACCCGCUCGUCCCGACCGCCACCGUGCCCACCACGGCGCCCACGAGCACCCUGCCGCCGGCCAGCCAGACCACGGGCACGACCACCGCCACCGCCACCGUCGUCACCACCGCCGUCGCCACCCAGACCGCCUACCCCUGCUACGGCGGCUACUGCAACGCCGCCGGCUGGGUCUUUGAGCUCUGCGUCGGCCUCCCCCUGCCCGGCCAGCUCGUCUUCGUGCUCAGCCCCUGCGGCUGCUACGGCGGCUGGCAGUACGUGCCCGCCGGCUGCGACGGCGCCGCGUGCGCCGGCCUCGUCGUCUACACCGUCGUGCCCUACGCCGGCCAGACCGGCGUCACGGUCUACCAGCCCCAGCCCUGCUCCGGAGCUGGCUGCAACCCGGGCCAGGUCGUCUUCGUCCAGCCCCCGCCCGCGGCGCCCACGGGCGGCAGCAGCACCCCUGCUACUCCCGGCGGCCCCGUCGUCGUCACCGCUGGCGCUAGCAAGGUCGCGGGCUCGCUCCUCGGUCUUGCUGGUGUCGUUGCCAUGCUGAUGUAA